AUGGCUACAUCAGGCUACAUCAUCAACACUUGCGCAAAGUUUGCACCAGCAACUGUCGCAACUGUUGAAACUCCAACAGAUGUCCUCUCACCAACAGACCUACUGCUACCACAGUCCUGCACUCGGCUGCAGCUUCCCGAGUGGCCAUCACGGAGCGGACUGCGAAUCGUCUUGGCCACGGCAGCCAUUGGUAGCCAGAAGCCAGCCGUUUGUCUUGCCCCAUUUGCAGUUCACCAUCCAGCCACGAGGGCCAUCGACUGCAAAUCUCGCUACACUGACAAGAGCACGAUCGCCUUCCUUGCACCAGUUUGUGGCACUCUUACGACAGGUCCCAUGCGCUCAUCAGCCUCGGAAACACGCCUGAGACGGAGAGCCGAGAAGGCAGGCCAGUCCGGGGAGCUGGCUGGAGGAUCCUACGAGAUCAUGAAGACCAGUGGCGUGGAGUGGACCCUGAUGUUCAAGGCCGCAGACGACUUUGCUCGCAAGAACGGGCUCCGGAAGCUGGGCGACUCCAAGGCGGCAGUCUCGAAGAUGGCGGCUUUCUAUCCGGCAGACGAGGCCUUCCGUGGCGUUCGUGAUUGGCUAGAUGCUCGCGGCCUGCGACGGCACUUCCCUGCUGUCAACCAGUGGUGCAAGGAGAUGGGCGCAGAAGACAUCAUUGACCUGAUCGAGAAUACGGAGGAGAUAGCUGAGCUUCUUGGGGAUGCUCUCAACGAAAACGAGCGAGCUGCCCUUUGCGGCAGGCGAUUUUCCGAGGGCCGGACCUCCUGA